AUGCAGUUAGGAUCAGCAACAAACAUUUUUCUCAAUUUACCUGUUAUUUAGAGUAAUUGUUUUGGCAUCACGUAUAUUGUUUUGUUUAUUUGAAAGCACGUGUACGGAGACCUCCUUGUUACGGAACGGAAUGGCAGGAAGAGGUCGCGGUCGAGGCAGGGGUGCUUUCAAUAAAGCGCUUGGAUUAUCUCUAGAAGAUGUACCACCUCCAUCAGGUCAACCACCGCCAACGUUUCCUCCUCUGCAAUUUAAACCUCUUCCACUAGUUACUGGUAAAAAAAUAUUAUAUACACUGACAUUAAAACAAGAGAUCAGAACCUCAUUUAAAGAGUCAGGUUACUCCAUUCCACCUGUAACAGUCAAAAAGGACAUUGAGAGGUAUACUGAUAAGUACCAACCAGUUCAUGCUGCCGAUCAAAUAGUUUGGGAUAAGGCUUUUUUUCCUACAGAACUGUUUGAUGAGCCAAAAAAGAAAAAGCGAAAGGUAGUGAAGAAGCAGACAAAAGCAGAAGCUGUUGUUGAGAAACUCAAGUUGCUUGAAGCUAAAGAAGAAACAGAAGAAGAGGAAGAGGAGAAGGAGGAGGAAGCUGAAAAUGAAGAAGAGUAUGAUGAGGAAGAGUUAGAAGAGGGAACAGAUUAUGCUGCUAAUUAUUUUGAUAAUGGAGAAAGUUACUUAGAGGAAGAUGAUGAUAAUGUCGAUGAAGGUUAUGAUUACUAAAAGCCAUAAAAUUGAUUCAUAUACUUUUAUAUGACUUAAUUAUGGUGCUAUUAAUUUUUAUUAUAAAUUUAUAGGUGUAUAUUUUGUUGUAUUUAUUAAAAUUCAGACAUGGAAUUAUUUAUUUAUUUAAAAAAAUUA